GGUUAUACCGAGUGACGCAGGACACUCAAACUAAAGAGUGAGUCACGCAGCUUUUAAUUCCAAAAAGCCGCCAGGAAUUGGUAUUCCAGGCAGCUCACUUUAAUCCCAUUGCUGGACACCUAGGGCAGGAUAAGACACUAGCCCGAAUAAUGGCCCGAUUCUAUUGGCCGGGGAUUCGUGGCGAUGUCCGUAGGUGGUGUACGGCGUGCCGCAAAUGCCAGUUAGUGAAUCCAGCGGCCAUUCCAAAAACGCUUUUGUGCCCUCUUCCAUUAAUCGAGACCCCGUUUGAAAGAGUUGGGAUGGAUCUCGUCGGGCCAUUAGAUCGGUCAACACGAGGGUACCGCUUUAUAUUAGUUCUGGUGGACAAUGCAACGCAAUACCCGGAAGCAGUGCCUCUGCGCAAUAUCUCAGCACGCAGUAUUGCGGAGGUGCUCUUCCGCGUUAUCUCCCGAGUUGGAAUCCCGAAAGAGAUUCUGACUGAUCAAGGCACCACGUUUAUGUCACGGACACUGCGCAAACUGUAUGGGUUAUUGGGGAUUAAGCCGAUCCACACCAGCGUGUAUCACCCACAAACGGACAGUUUAGUGGAACGGUUCAAUCGCACCCUCAAGAAUAUAAUUAAAAAAUUCAUAAGUGUGAGGGAAUUUUUAAUGGAUGAACAUUAUUAUUCUCUGUGUUUCUGUGUGUUGAGCUCAAGUGGCCUAUACUGAGAAAGAUGUUUUUUCCUAUGUUGUAAUCGCUUUUCUGUGGCCUUGGUGGUAAUGAGCAGGGUGCUUGAGUUCAUCCUAGCUUGCAUCUUCUCAUGAUGUAACCACCUCUCCUGACCUUGGUGGUGAUAAGCAGGGUGCCUGAGUUCUCAUAACUACGCAUCCGCCCGCACGCCAGGUGCACGCUCUAACAAAGCUUCAUAGAAAAUCUUGAGCCAAUCACGUGAAGAUGCAAGCAGUAAGCAAAUGCCUUUAGAGUAUAAUAGAUAGCAGCCACUAAAACACAACUCAGAGAGCGCGCGCGUACUCUCACAUCACUAGAGGUGAUGUUCUGCUUUAAUUUUCUUUCUUUCCUUUCUUAUAUACCUUUGUAUGAUUUACUUUAAUAAAUGACUGAAAAGACGACUGUUAAGCGUUCUGAAGUGUUUAUUAGAAAUUUCCAUUACAAUUUGGCGUCCCCUGGGUGGGCCCUAUGCGUCUGAUCCUCGGACGACGGAACACUCCCACGGCUACGGUGCGGAGCUGAGAACUCGGACGAGAGACCAGGCCAUCAGGGCUCACCGAACCAAUGGACCCUGACCUGGAGUCUGCCCCACCACCCCGACACACACUGCCUCCUCAGCAAGGCGGAGCAUCAUUCCCACAAGCGCCUCACCCACAGAGAAGGGGAGAAGUUGAGACGAAGGAAAAAACUGAGCCUCUGGAAUCUCCUCCAGCCUACCAGCCGCCUCCAGCAUCAGCACCUCCCCUCGCUUCUCCAUCACACACGAGAUCCGGUCUUACAUAUGGUGAUGGAAAAGAUACUCUCCUGGACCUGACCACGUGCUCACCAGUGGGUCCACAAGGCCAUAAUCUAAAGUCUGAAGUCCUUCAUCUUCCAAUGGUGGAAGUGGCUGGAGCUGAUGGCGUGCUUUUAGUCCACAGACCCUGGACGACAGCAGAUAUGAAGGAAAGCAUGGCUUCUCUUCCCAAUGUGAGAGAGGUAGGAGGAAAGACAUUUGGUAAUGAGCUGUUGAUAUUUUGCAGAGAAUUCCGACCGACCACCCAUGAACUUCGCCGCCUACUCAUGAUCAAGAUGGGUAUAGAUUGGAGCAAAGUUUCCAAAGAUUGGCCGGAAGCUGACCAGCGAAUGACUACACCAGACUGGAGCGCGGCUGGCAAUAGUGAGUAUAGAGAUACCAUCACUGCUCUCUGUGCUCGUCUGGAUAGUGCUUUUCCUUUGAACAUAGACAUGACUAAGAUCAGUAUGUGUAAGCAAGAAGAUGGAGAAGGGGUGUCAGCAUUUCUCACCCGUCUCACUGCCGUGCAUGAGAAACACAGUGGCCUGACCAGACCCGCGACCCUGGCUGGAGUGGAAGGCACUCCUGAGGUCUGGGAAGCGCACCUGCGGAACAGUUUCAUGAGCGGUAUGGAUCCAGCAGUGGCCAAGUUAGUAAAGCAGCUCUGUCUCCUGUGGGAAACCACCAGUCUCACCAAGAUCGAGCAGUACGCUGUGCAUGCAGAAAAGCUGCUGAGAGAGAAGGAGAAGACAAAGUCGACAGAAAGAGACCAAGAUCUACACGCCGCCACUCUCACUCUUUUCCAGACUGUUCAGCCUGGAGAAAAAGGAACAAGAAGAGGAAGAGGUCGAAGUAGGGGCCGAGACAGGACGACCUGGAGUUACUCGUCCUGGAUAAAGGGUGCAACCUGCUACAACUGCAAUCAGAAGGGACACAUUGCUCGAAAUUGUCUCCACAGAAGCAGCCAGAAGCCCUGUGAGGAGUACAGCAAAGCAGACUGAUGGGUGGACUCUGGGAAUGGGCCCCACACAGAGAACAGGGGAGGUAACACACACACACCUGAUGAUACACAUACACAUAGACAGGAGCAUUCACAUAACGUUAAACACAUUAGUAGCAGCACCUGCAUGCAACAGCAAGACUACACAGAAACGCCCGAUAUACCAGUCCAAAUAAAUACACCUGAAGUUGCAUUAAGUUUGUUAAAAUACACAACUACUCCCUUUUCUAAACUCCCUUGUAUGCCCCUCACUGUGUGUGGGCAUGUGUUAACCUUUUUAGUAGAUUCUGGAGCAGCACACUCAGUGAUACAACAUGGGGUACUUCCAGUAGACCCACCGCUCAGCCCAAAUUCUAUUCAGACAGUGGGCAUCUCAGGACGACCUGUAACCGAAACUUUCUCAGUCAACCUCCCAUGUGAAAGCGAGGGAGGAAUAGUUACGUCCCACUCAUUUCUCAUCUCACAUACAUGUCCAGUGAAUUUGUUAGCACGUGAUUUAAUGUGCAAAUUAGGAGUAAAUCUCAUGUCCACUCCAGAUGGGCUAACCAUUGAAGUAAGUGAAAUGUGCGGUGUGCAGUAUGGGUUUGGAAGCCCCCUGUAUGUGUAUGUCUGGCGACUCUGCUCAGAUCAGCUCACACAAACUCCAAAACACCUUGUACAGCUCGCACGCUUGAACACCUCAUCAGUUGACACAGAUUAUAUGAAAGAGGAAGAUUUGCAUUGUACAGCACAUGUUCACCAAGGGCAAGAUGUAGAGUUUGAAAAGACUUGGUUUGCAGACCCCCACACACGUGAAAGAUUGACCCUCAAAACUACAUAUUGGUCUAAACAUUAUUGUGCUGUGCAGGUCCAUUUUACUCAUUGUCCAAACAGCUGCAUCAAUGCUAAUCGCAGUGUUCUCAAACAUGUUAUGCACAGCCUCAGAACAGAGGACUCUGAGGUUGACUGCUGCCAACAUGAUUUCUUUGACAUCAUUGAUUCUAUACCUCAUGUCUCAUUAGCAAAACCGCGAGCCGCCCAUUGGAAAGACGUGGGGAAGUGGGUCAAGAAGUGUGCAGCCAAUGACAAUGAAUGGUCCUGAACAGAGGACCCUAGUGUGUUGUUUUGUCAAAGGCUUGGGGUCUACAAGCAAAGUCAGGCUGUGUGUGUGCAUGUUAAGCGCAGAGUAAUACUAGCCACUGAUGACCAGGGUCCUGGGGACCCCAGCCAUAGUGGCCUGUUUGUCUCUGUUUCCACAGGCAUAACUCCAGCAGAGGUGCACCCCAAAUUGGCGGGAGUUCCAAAUUCCGUUUGGGCAAAGGGUAAACAUGAUGUGGGCCUAAUAAAGAAUGCUGAACCAGUGGUGAUCACCCCCAAAUCGGAUUUCAGGCCUAGGCAGACCCAGUAUCCACUCAAACCAGAAGCAAUUGCAGUUAAGAAGGCAAGAAAAUCGUCUCAGCCCGAUGAGUGGAGGUUUGUCCAAGAUCUGCAAGCAGUCAAUGCUGCGGUUGUUCCACGCGCACCUGACGUCCCUAACCCAUACACCAUUUUGGGCCAGGUGCCCACUGACAGUAAGUGGUUUUCAGUGGUGGAUCUAGCAAAUGCGUUCUUUUCUAUUCCUAUACAUAAAGACAGCCAAUAUUGGUUUGCCUUUAUGUAUGAUGGUCGUCCAUACACUUUCACUCGUUUGUGCCAGGGUUACUGUGAGUCCCCAACCAUAUACAACCAGUGCCACAGAGACAGCCUCGCUUCGUUAACUUUGUCACCAAGAUCAGCUUUGCUGCAGUAUGUUGACGAUUUAAUGAUUUGUGCCCCAACUAAAGCUCAAUGUGAGGAUGACACCAUAACGCUACUGCGACACCUCGCUAAGGAAGGUCAUAAGGCUAGCCUCACAAAAUUACAGUUUGCAAAACAGAAGGUGCAUUUCUUGGGGCAUGAUAUCACAGGGGAGGGAAAAACGCUGUCUGCGGACAGAGUCUCAGCUAUUCAGAAAAUUCCCAAGCCGAUCACUGUGAAACAAGUUUUGUCAUUUUUGGGUAUGUGUUCCUAUUGCAGAGCAUUCAUUCCAAAUUAUUCCAUCCUGGAAAGUCCAGUGAGAGAGCUCGUGCACGGUUCGUCCCUCACCGCUUCAUCACCUGUCGUAUGGACACCAGAAGCUGAAGAAGCAUUCCUGGCCCUAAAAGGCGCCCUGCAGACCACACCCACACUGGGACUGCCUGAUCCCAAUAAACCAUUUGUUCAAACUGUAGAUGAAAAGAAGGGUUUUAUGACCUCUGUUCUUUUGCAGAAACACGGGGAUAGAUUGAGACCUGUAGCUUACUUCUCCAGCAGGCUGGAUCCAGUGGCGGCUGGACUUCCUGUUUGCCUGCGUGCAGUUGCUGCAGCUGAAAAGGCGGUAACUGCCUCCAGAAAUAUUGUGGGGUAUUCUAACCUCACCCUUUUGGUCCCACAUGCUGUCUCCCUGCUUCUGUUGGAGAAAAAGAUGUCACAUUUGUCAGCACAGAGAUGGUUGAAGUAUAACACAGUCAUACUUGAUAUGCCUAACAUCACUGUGAAACGUUGUACUGUUCUGAAUCCUGCCUCUCUUCUCCCUACAGAGGACGAUGGAGAGCCACAUGACUGUGUUGCUCUCACUAACGAUUUUUGUUCCCCCAGGGCAGAUUUAAAGAGCGACCCUUUGGAAAAUCCAGACAUGAUCCUCUAUGUGGAUGGUUCAGCCUCCAGAGACGGGAAAGAACAAAGUAGGUUUUGCCAUAGUCUCAGAUCACGAGGUCCUCAAGGCGUCACGUCUGCCCUCGAACCUGUCGGCGCAGGCUGCAGAGCUCUGUGCCCUCAUUGAGGCAUGCAAAUUGGCGGCAGGGCAAUCUGUCAAUAUUUUUAUGGACAGUAGGUAUGCAUUUGGCAUUGUGCACGAUUUUGGCACCAUUUGGAAACAGAAAUUUUCUCACUAGCACAGGAUCUCCCAUUGCACAUCAUAAACUGGUCUCUGAGUUGUUGGAUGCUGUUCUACUCCCUAGAGCUAUUGCUGUGUGUAAGUGUGCUGCCCAUUGUGCUGCCAACAAUACUGAUCUUGUGUCUCAAGGGAAUGCCAGGGCGGACGCGGCAGCUAAGUGUGCAGCCUCGGCUUCCAGUUCACCCUCUAACCUUGCCUUUCCUCGGGUUUUUACCCCUUGUUUACAGCUAGGGGACCUUCAGAGCACUGCCACCCAGGACGAGAGAUGAGUCUGGAAACAGGCAGGCUGUAUCCUUGCAAACUCGGUCUGGGUUUGUCCCUCGGGCCGUCCCUGUCUACCAAAAUACAUGUUCCCUUUCUAUGCAAAAUUGGCACAUGGGCUCACCCAUGUGUCAAAAGGGGGGAUGGUAGCAGAAGUAACAAAGAGAUGGUUCACAAAGGGGUUUUCAAAUUAUGCUGCAAAAUUUUGCAAGCAAUGCUUGAUAUGUGCACAACAUAAUGCAGGUCAAGGUAUCAGACUAACUCAAGCAGCACACCCAAUACCAGACAAACCAUUUGAUCACCUCCAAAUGGACUUUAUUGAACUGACACCGGGCGGCACGGUGGUGUAGUGGUUAGCACUGUCGCCUCACAGCAAGAAGGUCCGGGUUCGAGCCCCGUGGCCGGCGAGGGCCUUUCUGUGUGGAGUUUGCAUGUUCUCUCCGUGUCCGCGUGGGUUUCCUCCGGGUGCUCCGGU